UGAAAAUGUGUUUUAGUCAUACUGGUGCUUUGUGAUGUCAAUACUGCAAUACUGAUUUGUUUCUUGAUCGAUUCUCUUCUAUUCUAAGAUGUAUGAGCUCAUUGUACACUUAUGCAAUUAAAAUGUGUAUUUAUAAAUACCCCAACAUAGCCUUUGUUUGAACAGGAGCAAACCUGUAGCGGUUAAGGUUUAGUUAAUUCCCUGGUCUCUUUAACUUAUGGUCUGUAUAAACAUGAAUAUACUUAUACAACUAAUAAUGUAGUUAUAUGCCAUACUGGGCCUCUAUUUGCAUUAGCUGCUGAUAUCCAGCUGUGGCAUCAAUCAUCAAGGGACCUGUCUUGUGCUACAGUAUUGCACAUCGCCAAGCCUUGCAGACUAUGAGGCACCGUUUGUAAAAUGUUGCACCUUCUAAAAAUGUUUGUAGUUUUGGUACAUUUAGUGGUAUCAUAUGAAAAAAAAGCAGGACAAUAUUUGUCACUUUUUCAAACAUUUAGAGAGAAAUUCAUGUAAAUACAUGCAAUAACUUUUCCACCGAUAAUGUUUGGCAGUAACACAAAGUUGUUAAAUAAUAUAAAUGUUUAAUCAAAAUGUAAAUGUUAAAUAUAAAUAUAAACGUUACAUGUUAUAUAUAAAUGUUAAAUGUUAUAUAUACAUGUUCAAUGUAAAUUUUAAAUGUAAAUCUAAAUGUUAAAUCUAAAUGUUAAAUGUUGAGGCCGCAGAUGGUCCGAUCUACGAGGCAGGAGGCACGAUCGCGACCGUCCGUAGAUCGGACCAUCUGCGGCCCCACACCUUUAACAUUUACAUUUAGAUUCCAACACAUAAGGUAAUAGUCAAAACCUGAUGAGAAUCAAUAGUACAAUUGGUUUAAGUGAUCUUGACUGAACAAAAUCAAUGGCAAAGAUCGUAUUUAUAAAGGGGAUCCGCUGGGGGACUAGCAUUGAGCCGUUUCCAUGAGUCUUUGAAUGUAACACGGCAGAGGCCCCGCCCCCUGCGCGUGGAAGCUUGCAGCCUUCCUUCCCCUCCGUAGGUUCCCCUCGGUACCUCAGCACUACCAGUACCUCACCGCUCCUCAGGAGUCUACGGAAACGUCAGAGCCAAGAUGGGGCGGAAGGACAUCAUCUGCAGCUGGAAGAAAAGCACUGAUAAUAUCAGAGAUGUGUUUGACUUCAAGGGGAAAAUGGGAUCGGGGUCUUUUUCAGAAGUGUUUAUGGUCAGAGAGAAGACAACAGGAAACAUGUACGCCCUAAAGUGCCUGAAGAAACAACACCUCGCUCACAGCAAGCUCGAGAACGAAAUCAAUGUCCUGAGAAGGAUACAGCAUGAGAACGUGGUGGGACUGGAGGAUUUCUAUGAGAGUCGAACACACUAUUACCUGGUCAUGCAACUAGUAUCUGGCGGGGAGCUGUUUGAUCGCAUCAUAGAUAGGGGGGUUUACACUGAGAAGGACGCCAGCACAGUGAUCCAACAGGUGCUGCAGGCUGUCAGCUACCUGCACCAAAACAGCAUCGUACACAGGGACCUGAAGCCAGAGAACCUUCUGUACUAUAAUACAGAUAAGAAUUCAAAGAUCAUGGUGAGUGACUUUGGUCUGUCUAAGACGAUGGAGCACGGUGUGAUGUCUACAGCUUGUGGCACACCAGGAUAUGUUGCCCCGGAGGUUUUGGCCCAGAAGCCCUACAGCAAAGCAGUGGACUGCUGGUCCAUUGGAGUUAUCACUUACAUCCUGCUCUGCGGCUACCCUCCAUUCUUUGAAGACAACGAGACUCGUCUGUUUUCAAAGAUCAUGAGAGCUGAUUACGCCUUCCAUUCACCUUUCUGGGACGACAUCUCCGAGUCAGCCAAAGACUUCAUCAGGAACAUGAUGGAAAAAAACCCAAAGAAACGCUUCCUCACCGAGCAGGCUCUCAGACACCCAUGGAUUGCGGAGAAUACGGCUAAAGACGUGGACAUUUAUCAGUCUGUCUCUGAGCAGAUAGAGAGGAACUUCUCCAAAUCCAAAUGGAAGCAAGCCUUCAACGCAGCCUCAGCCAUCCACCACAUGAAGAAGCUGCAGUCAUCCCUCAGUGAGCCGUGCCCCUCACACCUCACGGCCAACAUCACGGAACAGGCCUCCCAGAAGGACCCGGAGGCGCUGGGGCAGCGCCAUGACAAGACUGAUGCCUUUGACCCGAAUAGGAACCCCCUUCAGCCAUCCUGCAGCACUCCUGAGUGUCCACCGCUGAAAGCCAAUCACAGUGAGCUUGACUCCGCCCUCCACUUUGAUGGGCAGAGAAAGGUCAAGAACUUCCCACUAGAGGUUGACACUGCUUUCAGGACAUCUAAGAGUAUGGAUGAUGUGUCCCAGAGGAAGGAGCAGCCGCUUCAGUCUGGAGUGUGUUCUGUCAUGUGAUGGCUGUCUCACCCCAGAAGAAUCUCAUGCAGUUUGUCUGUUGAGCUGACAGCGCUCAGUGACGUCCCUCUGGAUAUGACGGUGCUCUGCUGCUCAGCGUUUGAACGUCUGCAGUGGUUCUGUCUUGUGAAACGCACACGGCAUAUCUGCACUUUAACGUGGAAGGGUUACGUGUCUGUAAUCCACAGCCCCUUAAACAGGAAUUCAGCGAUUAGAAUUCAUACAAGCUGUGUCACAUAGAUGACAUUUAGUCAUAUAACUAAAUACUUUUAAAAUGCUUUGGACUCUAAAGCAUUUUAAAGUUGAGAAGAUGAUGUUAUCGUUGUAUGAAAAAUUGAAUUGAAUGGCUUGAACGUUGCAUAAAGCUGAUACUUAUUUUACAUACUGAAUACCCUGUAACCGAAUGAGGGAAUUUACCAUGUAUUGUUAUUUUCCUAUUUAUGCUGCACUGAUGAAUUAUACAUCCAGUUUCCUCCCUGACCUGAGAGGAUGGGUGGUUGUUUUUAUUACACAUGGAGCCAUGCAGGUGGAGUCACUGACCUCCAGUGUUUUUUGUGACGUAUACAUACGUAUAAGUCGCUCAUCAAGUGCCACAAGCUAGUAGAAAGAGUUCACAAAUGUACUGACUUGUAUGAUUAUUUUUGUAAUAUUUUCUUAGAAAGUAUGUACUAACUAAUCUUGAUGAUUAUAGUGUUUAAUAGAUCUCCAAUGAAACUUACAAUUAAUAUGCUUUAAUUUAAAUACGGUGGAUUCUGCUCAAACAAUGUACACAACAAACAAACAAAACAAAACAACGUUCGACGUACAAUUCAGUUGUGAAAUAUUCAAUAAUUCAGGUGCAAUGCGGUGGAGUGUUUUGCCGUUGAUAAAUAAAAUGUGUUUGCGGUC